AAAAUGCUGUUCCGCUUCGGCGUGGUGCUGCCCGCCCGGGUGACGGAGGGCGGCGCGGAGCUGCUGGUGGCCGGGUCGCGGCCGGAGCUGGGCGAGUGGGACCCGCGGCGCGCCGUGCCCAUGAGGCGGGCGCGGCCGAGCGCCCCGCUGCCCGCCCAGGAGCCCGCGCUGUGGCUGGCGGAGGUGGCGCUGCCGGACGAGGACGCCGCCUGCCCCUUCUGGUACAAGUUCCUGCGGCGGGAGGGCGGCCACUUCCUCUGGGAAGGUAACGGAGGGGACCCCACGCCGUCCCUCGCAUGCCCGGCCGCAAGGACGUGUCGGCCCUGCCCGGAGGGGCGGUGCGAGGCUCUCCCGAGGGCUGGCGCUGGCUCUGGCUGCUGCCCGCCCCUGCCGCCGCCGGGGGCUGUCCCGGCCGGCCGGGCCGUGCCUGAGCCCGAGCUGCCGGUGCCCCGGCACGGCGGUGGCCGGAGCUCUGCUCGCAGGUAGAGCCGCCCAGGCUGCCGUGGCGUGACGUGCGUUCUCGCAAACAAAAAUGGUUUUUAACCAUGUGAUGGAGGCGGGUGAAUGCAGAAGGAGGCUGCCAUUCUAGGUUGGUAAAAGUUAUUUGAAACCGUUUCAUUUUCCCCUCCUUACUUCAGGCAUCCAUUGUCGUGGUGUUUUGUUUUGGUUCUUUUCUUUCCCCAGAAGUAAAGAAUUUAGCAUCUCGUACUGUGCACUAUGGUGUGGGUUGUUAUUUUAUUUCGCUAGGGUGAAAUGUCAUGAUGGCAUUUUCAGGCUGGUAAAUUUUGCUAUUGUGAUUUCUUAAGGAAAAACACAGGGAGAAGUUCAAUUACAGCUUUUCCAGUGUUCUUGCUGUUUCAGUAGUACUUCCAGCGUGUUUUCCUCCUGCUGUGUGUUUUCAAAAGUUGAAUAACUCUAGUCAGUUUCCACGUGCUGUUCUAGUACAUUGAAGUAUCUUAAAUACAAGAGAACACUCAGACAAUCGUCUGCUGAGUCAAAUAAAACUAAAUAUACCUCCUGAGGAAUUAUCUGACCUAGUGAGACAGACCACUUGGUAAUUUGUGACAGUAUUUUUUAACUCAUAGCGUAAUAAUCCAUGUACCAAAAUAACACGUUGUAGAGCAGUUGCUCUUCACCCGUUUUAAGGAUACAUACCACAGUUCUGAACUGCCUUUCUGUCAUGUAGACUAAAACAUGCAUGUUGUCAUAACUGUUGCAUUUGUUUGUUCUUCUUUGUGCUAAUAAAAGACUUUGUGUUAAUGCUACAUUCACAGAAGUUUACAUCAUGAAGGACUAUGUACAUCAUACAAUAGUAAUUGUUUUGUUUAGCAGCUAAAACAAAUAGUAUAUCCUGCCUGUUUUAACCAUGUUUUUCUUUUCCAGAAUUGCAGGAAAAGUGAAUUUAUGGAAUAAAAAUCUUUACAUCUGUCCAAGGAAGCAGA